AUGGGAAAAGAUUACUAUCAGAUUCUUCAAUUAACCCGAAGUGCCAAAGACAAUGAUAUCAAAUCAGCGUAUCGUCGAUUAGCUCUUAAAUAUCAUCCAGUUAAAAAUACCAAUGAUCAUAAUGCUCUUACUAAAUUUAAUGACCUUGCUGAAGCUUAUGAUGUAUUAAGUGAUCAUAAAAGACGAGCUAUCUAUGAUCAAUAUGGUGACGAAGGUUUAAAAAAUGGUGUACCCAUGGGGCCAAAAAAUGAAUGGAAUGAAGGCUAUGUAUUUCAUGGUAAUGCUGAUAAAGUUUUUCGAGACUUUUUCGGUGGCGAUAAUCCAUUUGAGGAAUUUUACGCCAGUGCUGAUCAAGAUAAAAACUUAGGCUUUGGUGGAUUAGAUGGUCGAGGCCGUAAAAAACAAGAUCCACCAAUAAUACGUGAUCUUCUACUUUCACUUGAAGACUGCUAUCAUGGUGCAGUUAAAAAGAUAAAAAUUAGUCGACGGGUACUGAAUGAUGAUGGUAUCACAUCGAGUAUUCGUGAAAAAAUUCUUUCAAUAACAGUUAAACGUGGUUGGUUACCGGGUACAAAAGUAACUUUCGAAGGUGAAGGUGAUCAAGGUCCAAAUAAUAUUCCAUCGGAUCUUGUAUUUACUGUAAAAGAUAAACCACAUUCGCAUUUUCGUCGUGAAAAUGCUGAUAUUAUCUAUACAGCUAAAAUAAGUUUAGGACAGGCAUUAACAGGUACAACGUUACAUAUUGAACAUCUCGAUGGAAGAAUACUUGAUGUUCCUGUUAAUGAAAUUGUGAAACCUGGAUUUAAAAAACGUAUACCAAGUCAAGGUAUGCCCUUAAUGUCAAGUCCAGACAAAUAUGGUGAUAUGGUUAUUGAAUUCAAUGUUGACUAUCCAAAUGGAUUAAACUCUGAACAAAAAUUCCUUAUUAAAGAGGCCUUAAUUAAUCAGAAUAUUAAUAAUAAUAAAAAACAAAACCAACAGCAAAAUCAAAAUCGAAAGAAAGCUCUUUCGAACGACGAAUAA